AUGUCGACCUUCCAAGUGACUGACACUGCCGUGUCUGAACUAGAGCAGCUGGCUCAAGACAUCGCUUCCAAGACGCAGGAGUUCCUAGCAGUUCUACGAAGAAAUGGCUGCGCGCUGCCCUCGCACGACCCGGACACUGCCAGGAACGAUUCGCUACCGAUAGAGGGAACCGUUCUACAAAGGCACCUGAUGGAGCUCACGACGGAGCUGCAAGCUCUUGUUCAGGGCCCAAGAUUACAUGUGCACAACCAAGUUUUGGCACACGUGAAUCUGGUCAAUCUACAUGCCAUUUACAGCUUCAAACUCCCAAGCAGAGUGCCCAUGGAAGGCAGCAUCAGUUACGCGGAACUGGCCGGAAAAAUCCAAGUGGGCGAGGAUGUGGUUCGCCGCAUUGCACGAUAUUCCAUUACAAAGCACAUUUUCCGAGAAGUUGACGGCGGCGACAGGCUUACACACUCGGUCACUUCCAAGAUGCUGGCCGAGUCACCCAUGAUGAUGGAAUGGAUUGGAAUGGUCUGCGAAGAGAUGUGGCCUGCUGCAACGCAGGCAGUUUCAGCCCUGGCAAAGUGGCCCAGAUCGCAAGAGCCGCAACACUCGGGAUAUGCACUCGCACAUGGGCUGGAAACGCACGUCUUCGACAUGCUGGUGGACCAGCCUGAGCGGGCCGAGCGCUUCGCCAACGCCAUGGUCUACUUCAACUCGAUCGAAGACCUUGCGUCGCACCACCUGUGCGAUGCUUACGACUGGAAAUCGGUCUCGCAGGUUGUCGACAUUGGCGGCUCGGCUGGCUCCACCGCAGUGGCACUCGCGACACGACUGCCGCGAGUGAGCAUCGUCAUCCAGGAUCAGGCUGUUCUUGAGGACCAGGCGCGACGGUCCAUUCCGCCCGCGCUUGCAGACCGCGUCUCCUUCAUGGCACAUGACUUCUUCCAAGACCAGCCGGUGCGCGACGCAGAUGUCUACCACUUUCGCUGGAUCUUCCACGACUGGUCGGACCGGUACUGCCUGAAGCUCCUGCGAGCCCUGGUGCCAGCGCUAAAGCCGGGCGCCAGAGUCGUCGUAUCGGACUUCGUCGUGCCCGAGUCCGGGGCCACGUCCUGGUAUACGGAGGGGCUCGUCCGGGGUUUCGAUCUGGCUAUGAUGGAACUGUUCAAUGCUCGCGAAAGGGAGGAGCGGGAUUGGCAGAAGCUAUUCGUCGAGGCGGAUUCCCGGUUCCGAUUUGCAGGCGUUAGGACCGUCCCUGGCGCUGAUCUCGCUUUCAUUUCGGCUAUUUGGACACCACCUGUGUAG